GUCAGUCCAUGGUAUUCCGCUCCCCCCUAGACCUCUAUUCCUCCCACUUCUUGUUGCCAAACUUCGCCGAUUCUCACCACUGCUCCCUACUUCUGGCGAGUAGCGGCGGCGGGAGCAGUGCGGGCGGCGGCGGCGGCGGCGGCGGCGGCGCGGGAGGAGGCGGCGGCGGCGGCGGGAACCGUGCGGGAGGCGGCGGUGCUGGCGGAGCAGGCGGCGGCGGCGGCGGCGGCGGCGGCGGCUCCAGGGCCCCCCCGGAAGAGUUGUCCAUGUUCCAGCUGCCCACCCUCAACUUCUCGCCGGAGCAGGUGGCCAGCGUCUGCGAGACGCUGGAGGAGACGGGCGACAUCGAGCGGCUGGGCCGCUUCCUCUGGUCGCUGCCCGUGGCCCCCGGGGCGUGCGAGGCCAUCAACAAACACGAGUCGAUCCUGCGCGCGCGCGCCGUCGUUGCCUUCCACACCGGCAACUUCCGCGACCUCUACCACAUCCUGGAGAACCACAAGUUCACCAAGGAGUCUCACGGCAAGCUGCAGGCCAUGUGGCUCGAGGCGCACUACCAGGAGGCCGAGAAGCUGCGCGGCCGCCCGCUCGGCCCGGUGGACAAGUACCGCGUGCGCAAGAAGUUCCCGCUGCCGCGCACCAUCUGGGAUGGCGAGCAGAAGACUCAUUGCUUCAAGGAGCGGACUCGGAGCCUGCUGCGGGAGUGGUACCUGCAGGAUCCCUACCCCAACCCCAGCAAGAAACGCGAACUGGCGCAGGCCACCGGCCUCACUCCCACACAAGUAGGCAACUGGUUUAAGAACCGGCGACAGCGUGACCGCGCCGCGGCGGCCAAGAACAGGCUCCAGCACCAGGCCAUCGGACCGAGCGGCAUGCGCUCUCUGGCCGAGCCCGGCUGCCCCACGCACGGCUCGGCAGAGUCGCCGUCCACGGCGGCCAGCCCGACCACCAGUGUGUCCAGCCUGACGGAGCGCGCGGACACCGGCACUUCCAUCCUCUCGGUAACCUCCAGCGACUCGGAAUGUGAUGUAUGAUAGCCAAGGCCGCCCUCCUCCUUCCCCUCCUCCCCCCCUCCACUCUCCCCUCCUCCUCCUCCUCCUAGCCCAGCUCCUCAUCCUUCUGCUCCAUCCCUAGAACAAACCGAAAUCAGGAUACACAGCCACACACACAUACACACACACAAGUCCAUACACACUCCCACCCCAGCCAAAAAUUAUAUAUAUAUAUAUAUAAAACAAGAAAAAUAAAUUAACCUCAAACCAUCAACAAUCCCCCCACCACUACCUACCACCACGGCCACCCCAAAGGACCGCGACGCCAACAGACAGUCACAAACGCUAAUGUUGCGGGCAGAAAACGUAAAAGAGGUGACAAUUGUAUACUUUCCAGGACAAGCACGGUUUCUCCUUUCGGUUCCCACGGACCCGGCACCCCACCUGCAUGACGAUUUAUUUGUAUCUGGGAAAAUAUUCUCUCUAGUUUAAAAUGAUUUAAGGAGUCGACCAUACAAAAACCACCGCCGCCGCCGCGACAAGACGACAAAAGCAAACAGACAAAAAAAGGAAAAAAAAAAUCUGACAUCUCCGUUCUGAAUUUGUUUUUUAAAAAGGAAAGAAAGAACUCCUCGAGAGAAAUAGCAAAUGUUUCUUCCUUCUGUUCUCUUUUCUCCUCUAGCUCUUUCUCUUUCUCUCUUUCUCUCUCUCUCUCUCUCUGUUUUUAAGUCCAAGUAUUGGUCAAACAAGAUAGAAUCUUUUGUUUUUUGUUCAACAGACAAUCAUUUUCUUCGUAAGCACCUUUUUCUCUCCACUCUGUCACUGCCUGUGUGGGUACUGGUUAUAAAUGUGGAAAAAGAAUAGUUAUGACUGUAACAGAUUUUUAUUUUUAUUUCAAAAUUUUAUAUGAAUUAUGUAUAUCUUAAUGAUCGGUCAUUUUCCCAGUUUGUAAUAUAUGUGUAGAAAUUGCUUGUAUAUGAUACCUGCCUUUUCUUCCUCCUCUCUCCUCCCUCCUUCCCUGCUCACUCACCUCUUUCCUUUUGGGGGUUCCUCCUCCCACUCGGGGUCCCAGGCGACGACUUGGCAGUCGAGGCUUGGCGAGGUGGCCAGGGUUAGGGCGAGAGAGGGACCCUCCCGCUAGCGAAAGCUGAGUGAGGCCGUAGUAUUCUUAUGCAAAAGCUAUUCAAGUUUUUCCUAGCCGCUUCGGAGGCCUCAUUCACUCCCGUAGGGCGCUUUUACUGUUAUCUUAACUGCGUGUUUAUCUAUAUGUAAAAAACUUUCUAAAGCAAAUACAGUAUUCUCCAUUUUCUUAUCA